UAUAGCAUACCGUGCAAAAUGAAUUAUGUCAAACAGCGUUCUAGUGCUUAGUUAAUGUUUAGUUAAAGUAUUUAGAAUUUAGUGGUCGUGACUGUGAAUUUCAAUGUGUUAUAAUGAAGAAUUAAAUCCUAGCAGGACGUAGUUGUAAUUGCGACAUGGCAUCCCGCAGAUGGUUUCAUCCUAACAUAUCAGGAUUAGAGGCAGAGCGUUUAUUAAUGGAACGAGGUUAUGAUAGUUCCUUUCUAGCACGUCCAAGCUCAUCCAAUCCUGGUGAUUUCACGUUAUCUGUAAGACGCAAUGGUGAAGUGACUCAUAUUAAAAUACAAAACACAGGAGACUUUUAUGAUCUUUAUGGCGGUGAAAAGUUUGCUACAUUGUCAGAACUCGUACAAUUUUACAUGGAAAAUGGUGGUCAGCUACGCAAAAAGAAUGGAGAGAUAAUAGAGUUGAAAUAUCCUUUGAAUUGUGCUGAUCCAACGACUGAAAGGUGGUUCCAUGGCCAUUUAUCAGCAAAGGAAGCAGAACGUUUGAUGAUGGAAAGGGGAAAAAAUGGAUCAUUUCUAGUUCGUGAAUCACAGAGCAAACCUGGGGAUUUUGUAUUGUCUGUUCGUACUGAUGACCGUGUUACACAUGUUAUGAUACGAUCACAGGACAAUAAAUACGAUGUGGGAGGAGGAGAUAAAUUCGAUAGUCUCAGCGAUCUUAUAGAACAUUACAAACGAAAUCCAAUGGUUGAAACAAGUGGAAGUGUUGUCCAUCUUCGACAACCAUUUAAUGCAACUCGUAUAAACGCCAGUGGAAUUGAAAGUAGAGUAAGACAGUUACAUAAAGAGAAUGGUUGUUCUAAUGGAUUAUUAUGUCGAAAUGGAGCGACAGAUACUAAUGAAGGCAGUACAGGUCGUGGUAAAGGAAAAGCAGGAUUUUGGGAAGAAUUUGAAUCAUUACAACAACUAGAAUGUCGUCAUUUGUUUUCUAGGAAAGAAGGUUUAAGAUUAGAAAAUCGAGCGAAAAAUCGAUACAAAAAUAUUUUACCGUUUGAUCAUACGAGAGUACGCUUAAAGGAUGUUGAUCCUAGCGUACCUGGAUCAGAUUAUAUCAAUGCUAAUUAUAUCAAGAAUGAAGAAGGCGAUGGAGCAGUACCUGGUGUUAGUGGAAAUGAGGUUGGUCAAUUUAAUAAAUGUUAUAUUGCUACACAAGGUUGUCUUCCAAACACUAUUGGAGACUUUUGGCACAUGGUGUAUCAAGAAAACACUCGAGUAAUCGUUAUGACUACGAAAGAAAUGGAAAGAGGGAAAAAUAAAUGCGCUCGGUAUUGGCCUGAAAAAGGAGAAAUAGCAGAAUAUGGAGGCACAUGGAAAGUUAAUGCCAUUUCUUGUACCGAAACAAUUGAUUAUACCUUACGUGAAUUUUCAUUACAAGGAAACAAACCCAAUUUCACGGUUGCUAGAAGGAUAUACCAUUACCAUUUUCAAGCAUGGCCCGACCAUGGUGUACCAUCGGAUCCUGGUUGCGUUUUAAACUUUCUUCACGAUGUUAACGCUAGACAAGAAUUACUAGCUGCAGCUGUUACAUCAAAUACUCCAAAUGCAGUACCAACCAUGGGUCCGAUUCUUGUUCAUUGUAGCGCUGGAAUAGGAAGGACUGGAACUUUUAUUGUUAUCGAUAUGAUUUUGGAUCAAAUUAAACGCCAUGGUCUUGAUUGUGAGAUUGAUAUUCAACGAACAAUUCAAAGAGUACGUUCUCAAAGAUCUGGUAUGGUACAGACUGAAGCACAAUAUAAAUUUGUUUAUCUUGCGGUUUUACAUUACAUUGAGACUGUAUCUCAAAGAAUGCAAGCUGAACAGAAAUCACUACAGCUAGGUCGUGAAUAUACUAAUAUUCGAUUACGACGGUACUGAAAAUUGAUAUCGCAUAGUGAAUAAAUACGAAGGAAUGAGUUGCGGGAAGCUGCUCAAAUCUAUGUUCUCGUCACAGAAAAUUAAAUGUUUAAAAAGAUAGACGACUUUCACUGAUAUAACUUCUAUCUCAGUUCGCUUAUUGACAUUAUCAAGUAAUUAAACCGAUUAUAAUGUGAGAGGUAUAAUACAUUGAAACUGAGAAAGCAUUGUUAUCAGGGAAAAAGAAGAAAAAGAAGAAAUGAACGUAACGAAGAUGAUAAUUUAUUUCAUUACCUAGCUCGGGUCAAAGAGCGGAACUCUCAAUCAACAAAAAGAGAUUAAGACUACCAAGAUUCUAUCCCGGAUUAAAAUAAAAUAAAGAAAAAAGAAGAAACACAAUUUUUAAAUAAUUAACAUAUAUAUAUACAUAGAUGAAAGAUUGGACAAAGUAAUUCGUAGCUUGAUAUUGCCAUAAAUGAUUUAUUCGGAUGAAGCCUGUUAUAUAUAAAUAUAUUAAAAUCAAGUUACAUAUGUAUACAUUUUUCUAAUAGUACAAAACACAAGAGGUAUUCGAUUUAAUACACAAACGCGCGCGCGGAAGAAUAUAGAAACGAUAAUCCUGUACACAUAUCUUAUAAUCCUGACACACACAAAUAAGAUACUGAAAACGAUCUUUGAAAUUUUACAAAAAGAGAACUAACUAGAACAAAAAAAUAAACACAUAGAAACAUUGCUAUGAAUUACAAAAUUGUAUGUAUGUAUGUAUGUAUGUAUGUAUAUGUGCAUACUCGCAUGCACUCAAGUACUUAUAGAUAAACUAUGUGUUAAAACAUUCGAAUUUUCACAUGAAAAUUCUUAAAAACAAAAAAAGAAAAGAAAAUAUAUACUUGUCAGCUUCUUCACUUACUUAAAAAAAGGAUUAGAAAGAAACGAGCUUAUUCUUAGUCUAACGAUGAAUAUCUUCUGAAGCUAAGGAUAUAAAUACGGAAGUUUAUAUACAUCGAGAGAAAAAAUUAAAGAAGUCAACAAGAUAAAGUGUUUGUUAUGUGUGUAAUUAACGAAGAAAAUAAAAAUUGUUCAAGGCCAAGCAAACAAUGAUUCGUUACGGAAAUAAAACUUUGACAAAGAUUAUAAAGGAAAAUAUAAUACGUUUCGUAGAAUUGAAGAAAGACUAGAAAGAAGAAUUAAGUAUAUGGGAACUUAAUUAAAAAAGCUUUCUGUGAAAUCUUAAUCUUACGAAAAUUGAUCAUCGCUUAUAAUUUCAAUUGCAUUAAACACACGAAAACUUAAAAACAUCGUAGCCGCUUGUUAAAAAUGCCGAUCAACUUUAUUUACGAUAAAACAAAUCUGCAUUCUUUCAAUCUUUCGUCGGUUUAUGUUUAAUUGUGUUUUAAAAUAUGAAGGUGUUCUAAUUUGCAAUAAGCGCUAUUUGUAUCGUAUUCAAAAAGCGCGCAAUUUUGUCCAGUGUUGCCAACUCAGUUUUUAUUAAUCGAUAAUAUCGAUAUUUCAAUUAUCGAUACUUAAACUAAUUUUGGAACAUAUUUGUUUAGUUGGUAUUAGUGAAUUUAAUUAAGUUACUUUAUUGUUUGUAUAAUAAUAUUUUAAUGUUUAUAAUUAAUUAAUUAUCUUAUAAAGUAUGCAUAUACUUAUGCGUGUAUAUGUAUAUUUUAUUUGUUUGACAUUAUGAUAUAAGUAAAAUCGAGUAGUUACAUAAGCACGGACAAUACACAUAACAUUCUAUCAAGAAUAAUAAUUUCUUCCUAUAUGCAGGAAGAAAAUAAUCAGAUUAAUAAAAAUACAAACUAGCAUUGCAUAAACAAGACGAAUUUGGUCAAGAAUUUGUGUGAUUAAAUAUAUAUAUGAUAUUUGAGGCAACAAACAACUAUUCACAACAGGUAUUUUAAUAAUAAUCUAUUAGAGGACUUCUCAAACUUUUCCACUUAAUAACUCUUUUUAUUCGAGCUAAUAUUUGCUGAUAAUAAAUCAUAAAGAAUAUUGAUUCAAAAAAAAUGCUUUGGUAUACAUAUGAAUAUAAUUUUAUCGUGCAUAAAUUUAGUUACACGACCCCACAUGGAAUCACACUUGAGAAGCCCUGAAUUAUAGAAUGGCAAUCUUUAUUACAAAGUUUUAGUAACUUUCAUUAUAAAUUUAAUCACUUAUGUUGCUAUACAUAAUAUAUUAAGAGAAUAAUUUAAACUUUAUUC